CCGUUGAUCAUCGAACUUGUGCCUUUUUUUUAGCGGAAAAUGUUAAGUUUGAAUUUAUACACGUCUUAGCCCGAAACCCAUGCGUGGCUAGGAACUAGAUCGCCCCCAACGAAAAAAAAAGUUCCGGCCGAAGGCCAAACCACAAUCGCCGGUGCGCCUGGGGGCCGAACAAGUGAGAUGCUCUUACUUUGGAGUCUGGACAUUCGCCGCGCUCUAUCGCCGUCGCUCCUCGUUCAGUCCCCGGCGAUUCAAUGGCCACUCUCACCGGAAGUGCCUCUAGCCUCUUCGUGCAUGCCUCCGUACUCGCGCGGCAUCCUCGCUUCCACGCUCACUCCAUUCCACGCGCGCGCGGCGCCAUCCAUACCUCCGACGCAAUACCGGCCUUUCGUGCCCAGCGCCGGCCGCUUCGGCAGGGGCGCGCUCAGGCUGUUCGGCGGAAUGCCGACCCGGAUGCCGGUUCUUACACCGUUACAGCGGCCGUCGAUAAGCUGGUUCGGGCUCGUAGAUCAGUCUGGGGACGCGUUCUGACGCGUGUGCGUACCGCGUACGUGCCGGAGCGGCGAGCUGGGUGGUUUCUCGGCCGCGUGAAUCCUUGGACCUGGGAAAGGCCUGUUUUGAAAGGAAAGGAAGAGGUGGGUAACGAUUUGCAGAAUAUUCUGAAAGGUGCUUGCGAUGGCGAGCAGCAAUCUUUGUUGCUUAAUGGACGGGGUGGAUGGUUGACCUGCUGUGCCGACUGAAGAACAUGCUGUGUGGGCACAAAAGGCAAGGACACAACACACAGGAUCAAGCGACACUGAGUAUUUUGCCGUGUCAGGCUGGGGAUCAAGCGUGUGUUUCAACAUGUUGAUGUACCUGGGCUCCGCAACAUGCGGCAGUCGAGACUUUCGUUAGAGCAUGGUUAAUAGUAUAGCCAGCUGCUGGCUAUAAGACAGUGUCAUAUCAUUUACAACCUAUCUUAUAGUCAACGUGUACAAUAGUAGAUCAAAAGAGUGUACUAUUUUUUUA